AUGCUGCAAGUUUCCGUUAUUUCUCAGGCAAGCUGGCAAGCACGGUUGGUGGAUUUGACCCAGAAGGUGCCGGAUGACACAUUCCCGUCAGCCAAAGUUGCGCCGCUGCUUGAGUCUGCACGUGCUUUCUGCAGACUACAGGAAGCCAAGCGCAAGUUGCAGAAACAGCGAGAUGAAGACCUCUCUGCUGAGGAAUGUAGUUCUGCUCGAUUUGAACCCAGGCUGGUUGCAUUGUAUGACUCUGAGCUUCAGGCGGCUGAUGACCUCCUGACGACUCAGAGCGUGGUGCUGGAGCAGGAGUUGCUCGUCUUCCAUCGCUCAGUUGAAGAUGGACGACUAGACCAUCUUGAUUCAGCAACAGCUGACGGCCGUGACGCGCUUUUGGAGCUCACGCCGGGUGUGGGUGGCCAGGUCGUCACUGCAGCGACCGCUCCCACGGAGGCGAAGGAAGAGGAGACGAUGGAAAUCAAAGAGGCCUUCGCCCCCCUGAAUUCAACGCAGGAGACAGAGGAGAGCAAGCCAGAGCAACAGGAACAGGAGACGAAGCAGCCGCCACCGGAUCUCUCGGAGAAGUCGCCUGAAAUCAAAGUGGUCCCUGCUCCAGCAGCGGAGCCGAAGACAUCUUCUGCAGCAAGCUCAAUCUUUGUCGUGAAAGUGAACAAGGAGGGUGGGAAGCUGGGAGGUUUGCUGGACACGUCGCAGGAUGAAUGCUGCGUUUUCAAGCGCGUGGACUCCGGAGGUGUUCUUCACAAAGCGGGUGUUCGGCUCUACGACCGCCUGAUCAAAGUCAAUGGCCAAGCGAAGAGCUCAUCCCAGCUUGCUGACCUCAUCGGGGCCAGCAACGAGCUCCAGCUUGAAGUGGAACAUCCAAAGACUGAGGCAGUCCAGCUGAACAAAGCAGGCAAAAAGGUUGGCCUGCGCUUGCAAGCUGAAGAUGCCUGCUUCGGCCUCAUCGUCAAGGAGGUUACCGGAGGCGUGGCUGCGGAAAUGCCGAAAGGGACAUUCCAGCCAAAAAGCAGAAUUGUUGAGGUUGACGGACAAUCCGCGAAGCCGUCCGACAUGCUCAAGCAGAUAUCUACAAAGGACACGGUCUCGUUGAAAGUGUGCUCAUACAGCAUCUGA